AUGGCUGAGGAUAUGAGGCGAAUCAUAAUUUGCGACUUCGACGAAACCAUCACUGAUAGAGAUACUAUAGGCAUUUUGGGACAACUGCCCUAUGCAGUGAAACCGGGUUUCGAACCGAAAUGGUCACAUUUCACUGACACAUAUAUGGAGAAUUACAGGAAAUUUCUCGAGGAUCCAGUUUUACUAGAAUGUGACCAUAAUCUGGGACGACGUCUGCCAUUAUUGCCUUCUAACGAUGGCGAUAUCACUCGAUCUAACUUUCAAUGCCUGUUUAAAGAUGAGAUUCGCUAUCAAACAGAUGCCAGGAACCUUGAGAUUAGCAGCACAUCUGAAAUGGCCAAAUAUGGUCUCUUUGCAGGGCUCACCCAUUCUCAGGUCUCUCAUUUCGUGAAGGAAAAGAUGAGGGAGCAUAGCUUUUCGCUGAGGAAUGGCUUCAGGGACUUUAUGUCUUCCAUUUCCGCGCCGCAAUUCUUUAUAGUCUCAGUGAACUGGUCAGCCGAGUUCAUAAGGGGAGCUGUAGGCGAGGAACUUGUUGACUUUGACAACAUUUGCUGCAAUCAGCUGGUUUCUAAUGGGGAUACCUUCACAGGCCAAUUCUCAAACCAGCUGUUAACUGGUUCAGACAAAGUCUCUUUCAUAGAAAAAAUAUUCAAAGAACAGUGCUGCCGAGAUAUUGAACAGCAGUACUGGUAUAUUGGCGACAGUGAAACUGAUAUCUUGGCACUACUUCAUCCUGAGGUAAAUGGGGUCCUAUUGAUAGACCCCGAACUGAAAGAACAAAAAUUCAGAAAGCUUACCACUGAAGUCCUAGGCAUAGACGAAUCGCUGGUCAAUAGAUUCAUUUCAUCAAAGGAGGUCGGAUGGUUGCGGUGCUAUGUUAAGAAUCAAGAAAAUUCCUUAUAUUUAGCCAAAUCGUGGUUUGACUUGACAAAUAUUAACACUAAUACUGAUUGA